CUUAACGCGUCGCACGCGCACAGACGGUGUGCACCAUCGUCGUCGUGGUCAUUUAUCGCGGUCGUGGUCGAUACCGCUCAGUUUCGGUUAAGUUUCCUCUCGUUUAUCUUUUGAAUUUUAUUUUUUCCUCCUGUUUAUCGACCACCAGUUCUAUUAUUGUCCCUUCUCUCUCAUCCCACCGACGUUAACAGUAUUUAUUAUUAUUAUUAUCAUCAUCUACAUUAUUAAUUUUCUGCAACCCGGUAAACAUUUGACUACAGCUCUCUGAAAUUCUAAUGUGAUGAUAGUCACCGGCUAGUUCACUUUUUCUGCAGGCAUUGUUUAUUGUUAAAGUUGAAUGUAAUUGCUGUCGCGAAGAUUCAUAAAUUAAAAUUAACUGCAAAACAUAUAUAAGAGAAUUUUCAAGAACUACGGGAAGAAUUAUUUGUGAGGGACAGCGUUUUAAUAAUGAUAACGAAGCAGACGAUUGACAAACGACGUUAAAUAUAAAAACGAGCAUGACGUAUUGGCUGAUGUUCGUGUUGUCUAUCUGGCCGGUUGCAGUCUCGUCAGAGGGUUGCAAGUUUCCGACUAGAUGGGAGGGCGUUUGGUUCCAAUCCGGUAUCCGACAGUCCAUCGUUGUGCAAGCUAACCGGUUCAGCAUCAAAGGCAAGUGCGUGGACUCAGACGGUGACAAGUUUCUACUUUCGGACGAGAAAAAGCCGUGUUACCGGUGCGUGGUUAUUCACGAAAAACAUCACAACGUUCUCCAGUACAAAGAAACCUUUUGCAACGAAAUGGGCACGCUGAAGACCAUCUGUCCACUGAUUACUGGUGACGCGCUCCUGUAUUCUAUGUUCCGAGAGUCCGGAAAUCCUAUGCAGUGCCCGUUCAAGCCACCAUACACGUUCACGUACAACCGUGGUCACGGUGACUGCAAGAACCCCGUUUCCACAGUAGAAGCUUGUACCCAGGAUUCGAGGCUGUUAAUCCGGUACCAGGCGUGUCCGGAUGUCGAAGGGUCCGAGAGUGCGCUCGAAGAAGUUGAAUGCAUAGCCGGUUGGAAAGAGGGUUCAUACCGGUUUCUUGUUGGUAGAGUUCACCAUAGCAAUGGUAUACCUAUGUCAACUGAAGACCGAUUCAAGUGUUUUAUAUAUGAGCGAACGACAUCUCAGAGGCAACUGAAAGGUUCUAGUGCUUCUGGAGACGUUGAAUAUAGAGUGGCACAGUCCGGCGACGCCACAUGCAGUGGUCUUUUCAGUCCUCUUGAAGGGUCCAGGACUAUGAUAUUGAAAAAAGAAAUCUUUGAGACGAAAUGCAGCUUUCCGUUAUGGCUAACUGAAAUUCAAAGGUGGCGAACGUUGGAUCACGGUAAAACGUUUACUUUUCUUCAUCACCACAACAACAACACGUUGAAACUAAUGUCUAGUUCGUUGGAUCGUGUGUUCGCUGCGCAAACCAUACAAGCUUCACACCAAUUUUUUUACAAUCAGCCGUUAGUUGCACCUUUACCUGGACAUGAAAUGAAAUUCUCUUGUCAGCAGGAAAUGGAAGAGUUGCCGCACCGGUUCAGGGUGAUGGCGCACUACGUUACUGGAUGCCAAAGCGGAUAUAUUUGUUUAAACUUCCACCGAAGAACACAUGACUUGGCAGAACUUCAAAUGGGCCAGCCAAGCAGGAGACCCGAAGACGCAUGUAACUCUCCGAACUUUGAUGCGCACGCUACGGAUUCAAUUACGCUAGUGGCUUCCAAAUCGGACUUUCGAAAUUGCCCUUAUAAAGGAAUUUACACGAUAAAAAAAGUCAGUAAAAGUAUGUCAUGGAACGAUGUAUCUUCAAUUUUAUUGAGUAAAACAAAUCUAAAUUUACCGGUGGACUUGUUAACUUCUGACAAUCAUCCGUCUAUUGUGUUAACUACGACUUCACCACCUUCACCCAAACGUCACUCAUCCGAACACUACGAGAAAUCGUCAGACGAUUGGAGUGUGACGUACAAGAAGUUACAACCUGACUUACCAAGUCUUGUUAGGUCUAGAAAGAACAUAAGCAAAGAAAUCGAGCGGCUAUCAGAAUAUGACGACGAUGAUGAGGCUACGUUGCGCAGAGUCAAAAGGAAAGGCCGACGGAUUUUGAGCAGCAAGACAAUCACCGACGAAGAAUGCAAAUUGAACUUGACUUCGAUUGUGUUUUCCUGUGGAUCUACUGAUUCAAUAGAACUAGUUGCAGGAUGUCCUCGAUUGACACACAUACGAUCAGCCUACAAGUGUCACGGGAGUUGGAAAGAUAACGGCACGAUGCACCAGAUAAUCAGCAGCGACUUGCCGACAGCGGCUGGCUGGAAGAAGCUGUACUGCCUUGCGUACGUAAAAUGGCCUCCGGACCGCCUGCAAGUAUUCGUAUUCGCAGAUAACUGCAACCUAAACAACAACCGUACCGCGACGACUGGGCACGAUGAAGGGCUCGUUUUGUCGUUUAACAUUUCGUUAUCACCAUCUGGUGAAAAGCCGUGUAACGAGGUCAACAAGUCGACAAUCGUCGAGGCCACCUUGACCAUGAUAGUGGUCUCCAUCAGUCUACUCUUCUUGCGACAGUCGGCUGACAGAUGAUUUUCGUAUUAAAUCGCGCAAAAUCUCAAAAUCAUAAUGCCGCCGUCAAAUAUAUUGUGUGUAUACGUCAUUGUUUCGUUGUUUCCUUAUAGCAAAUGCAUUUUGACAAAACUUUAUUUUUUUUUUAAAUAGUGUAAAUAAUAUUAUACUAACACACAUGCGAGGGCGCGAGCGAUUAUCUCUAUAAUAGUCUAUGACAUGUAGAGACGGACGAAAAUGAAACAUAUUUUGUGAUGCUAUUUGAAAUUAUAUUUUGAAGAAAAAAAUUUAUGUAAUGAUAUAAUCAAUCGCUUUUUUUUGUUUCACAAUAAUAAUACGUACAUAUAAUAUGAUGGUGAAUAGUGUAUACGUAUAUAAGACUGAUCGCCGUUUUCUUCAUAUACCUUUCCAUAGACGCAAUUAUGUUCGAUUAGAAUUUGUGGGUUCAGGGGGUUAGGUGCAAAAGAACUAAAGAUGCUGCAUAAUAUUUUUGUACGUGGCCGUUUCGAAGGGAUGAAUAAUCCAUUCGACGGUCGAGUACUGCACUCUAAUAAAAAAAAAAAAAUGCUACAAUCAUGCAUAAUAUACUAUUAUAAUAUAAUAUUAUCA